AUGGCUUCCAUCAUCACGUACCUCAAGUUGCGCCGCCGCGACUCAGCAAUGGACAUCUCGUGUACCGAUGUUGAUCCGAGUAAACCCAGCCAGAGAGAUUCCGACAGUGUACUCGAGAUGAAAAGCUUAGGGGUGUGUAUUGGAAGUGGGCUAAAUCGGCUCACCUGCGCGCUGGUCCAAUAUACACAAGAUGCUCCACACGCUCCUUUACGCCUGCAGGUACUUCAAAGUAGUAACAUACCUAUCCUCUCAACAGCUCGAUUGUCCAUCCUAAAGGCUCUAUGCGACGCGCAUAGCCAACCCUCCGCGAUAGCACUAUUCAACGCUCAACUCGGCAAGUUGUUCGCGGAUGGAAUCAGGACAUUCUGUGAUAGACAUGAUAUCACCCUCGAAUCCAUCGAAUUUAUAGGCGCACACAGCGCAACCGUGCCCGCACGUCGACGCUCCGAUGAAGGGCAUGGUUCGGCACUCCAAUUAUUCAAUUGGAUUGCGACCAUCGCAGAGGAAACAAAGAUCACGACUAUAUUUGAUUACGCAGUCAUCGAAAAGCUAGCGAUUCAGCCGCUUGCUUCACCCAUUGCAUUCGUCAACAAAUUGUUUCUUCGCCAUCCGUCCAAGUUCCGCGCGUGUCUCAAUAUUAGUGAGCUCGCAAACAUCAACUUCAUACCGCCUUUGAACGAUAGUAGUGGCCAUAUCACAAUGUCACGCGAUUGCGGCCCCGGUAGUCUUCUAAUCGACUAUGCCAUGGCAUACUGUACGUCGAACGACCAUUGUGAGGACGACAACGGAGCGUACGCAACCAAGGGCAAAAUCAAUCAAGAUAUCGUUGACCGAUUCCUCCGCUCGCAUGACUACCUGCGAGACUUACCGCCACUGAUCAUAGCCCGCGAGAUGUUCGGCGACCACGACGGACAACGACUCCUCGACGAAUGUAUUCUCAUGGACAUCUGUGCAGAAGACACCAUCGCCACCAUUACCCGAGUAACAGCCCAGAACAUCGUGAUACAAUACCGAAGACUACUAGCUCACUACUUCCCCUCGGGCCAGCAAGUCGACGAGCUCUUCCUCUGCGGCGCCAGCGCGCGUAACGCAAACAUUGUAGACCAUCUCAAGGCACAACUGCCCGAGAGCAUCAUCACGAAACUACUGGACGAUAUCGGCAUCCCUGGAGAGGCAAAUGAGGCUAUUUGCUAUGCUCAUCUCGCUCUUGAAACUGCUUUGGCACAGGCGACACAACCUCCACCCUCCUUUACCUCCAUCAACGGCUCAAUACCUUCGAGCAGCGCCAGCGACGCGCAUAUCCGAGCCACGAUUAUGCGUGGACAUGGUUGGGAAGACAUCUCGGCUCGGAUAGUUCGCUUCAGCGGGGGCAAGCAAUUGCAGCUCACCAAGGAAAUUCAGUGCAACGGCAAUCUCGACACGGCGAUGCAAGAACUGAAGCUGUCCUGA